CUUUUAUUUGUGGGAAGGAACAUAAGAAACGUUUCUGAUGUCUACUCUAAGUAAUUCAACAAAUAUAUUUUGGCAAGAAUGUCCAGUUGGGAAGGUUGAAAGGCAAAAGCUUCUUAAUCAUAGGGGGUGUGUAGUAUGGAUUACGGGUCUCAGCGGAUCAGGGAAAAGCACACUAGCAUGCUCAUUAAGUAGAGAACUGCACUCUAGGGGAAAGCUGUCCUAUGUCCUUGAUGGAGAUAACCUUCGGCAUGGACUAAACAAGGACCUUAGUUUCAAACCAGAAGAUCGAACUGAAAACAUACUUUUGAGUUGAUUAAGAGUCUUCUAGGGACAAAGGUUGAGUGGCUCUACUAUAUUCUUUAGGCAUUCAACUCUGGUGAUUUAGUUCAUUAUCAGGAACUAUGUCAUGUGCACAAUGCUGCUCUGAGGGCUCAACCAGCAUUAGUUAAGAAUGAGAAAAAGCUGGUGGAAAAGAUAAAUAUUCUCUGCUUGAUGGAAAUUAUUUUCAGGUUUAGCAUUUGUCUUUUUUUUUUUUUUUUGGUUCUACCUUUGAUUUGUGCCAGAGGAACAAGUCUUUCCCGAUACAAUUGGCAUAAUUGAUUAACUGCUACAUGUUUCCUUGCAGCCGGUCAUCUAAUGAUCGAACUAUACCUUUGAGUAUCAUUGUAGAGCGCACAAAACUUUCUAUCGAGGAGGUGGAGCAUCUUCUUAUGAAGAGCCUUUCUGUUCAUCUGAUCGAGGGCCUAAUUGAUCAAGUUGAGGGAACAGUGCAUGUAUCCUGGAUGCAGCCAAGAGUAUUGGGGAUUCCACAGAUCACAUCCUUGCGCGAUCGUCUGGACAAUUGUAACAAUUCAUUAACAGAAAAGGGAAAAAAAUUGGAAA